AUGCUCUACCUUUCCAAUCAACGUUACCGAAACGAAUUCAACGAAGCUUGCACAUUGGGAAAAGGCGGCUUUGGGACCGUGUUUCGAUCGACCAAUAAGUUGGACGGUCACGACUAUGCGAUCAAGAAGAUUCGCCUGUCGUCGGCAGCACGUUGGAGUCAGCAAUUGGAGAAAGUGUUGCGAGAGAUCAUCCCAAUAUUAUCAGAUAUUAUCAAGCUUGGUUGGAAAGGUUGGCACCCGAAGACUUGCUCGCAGCGGCUGUAG